UCACAUACACAGAUCAUUCAAAUGAUGGUGUCUUGUCACACACACAUACACACAUGCACGCACCCGUUGGUUCACUGACAGCUAUCCGAUCCGGCUAUGAAUGAUCCGAUCCGUGUGCAACCAACGGUCACAUCACAUCCACCGCACCGCAGCCACACCACUCGACAGCCACGCACCGCACAUCACAUGAUACGGGUGCCGAAACACACACACACACCACACACGGCGCUCGCUCGCUCGUGACGUGGCCGGCGGCACAGGGAAGUGAGGUGAGGUGAGGUGAGGUGGCGGAGAUGAGGCCGUUUGUUGGCUGUUUGGUUUGUUGGUUGGUUUACUUCUUCUUCUUUCCUCCUGUGACCUUGGACUUCUCCUUGCCGCGGACCUUCUUCUUUCUGUUCUUGAGCUCCUUCUUGGCGCGACGACCGCCACGCUCGACCUUGGGCUCGAUACCAAACUAACAAGACACACAGACACCACCAACGGCAGGCACACAUCACCCAGCCGUCACCCCAUAUAUGGAUGGCUAUGCUAUACGUCUCAUCUGUGUCGUGUGUGCGACGUGUGUGUUGGCGUACCCGGACGAGUCUGUACUUCUGUUCGUAUUUCUUGACGGCGGCGAUGUUGUUGUAGAUGAGUCCGAAUCCGGUGGACCUCCCCCCGCCGAAGGCGGUCUUGAAGCCGAAGAGGAUGACGCACUGGGGGUCCUUGAUGUUGAGCUUGCUGUCCUUGGCAAUCCGCUCACGCAGGUCGUUCUUGGACACGUUCGGACGGUUCGGGUGAAUCACAUCCACACACUGCAGGCAGCCAGGGACACACAAACAGCACACACAAAAAGCAAGAGACGAAUACAGAAGGAAGGUGGGGGAUGCAGACAGACAGGCAGGCGUGUGCGUGUGUGAUCCUCUCUCUCUCUGUCUGAUCUAUAGCACUGCGGUACGUACGAAAGGUGCCCUUCGCUACCCUUGCCUGCCUCACCCACAGAUCUCUGCCCCACCCUCUGAUCGUCCUCUCUCUUCCGCCCUCCCGCCUCCGCCUCUCCUCCUCUGGCCUGUCUGCGUGUCGUGCGUCGUGCUGUGCCUCAACGGAGUGCCUUGUGCUUACGAAUUGCUUUCUCUGGAGGAGCGGGUUGUCCAUAAACCGCCGAAUCCGCAGAUUGAAGCUCUCGCCCGACAUGGUGGACCGUCACACGGUAGCUCACAGGCCACAAGGACGCCAAUGCGCUGCGAGUGGG